AUGAAUUAUGAUGAAGAAUUACUUAAUUUUUAUAAAGAUGAAUUAGUGUGUUUAAAAGAAAUAAACAUGUCAUUAUAAGAAUAGAAGCAGAAAUUAAUUCAAGUAUCACGAUCUAUUAUUCUUAGUAAAUUGAAGAUUUUGAAAAACAGAAUACCAUUCUCAAAGAAAAUAAUGAUAACUUGAGUGAAAUGUUUACUUAAUAUAAGGAAUAUACAUCCACACAAAUAAGAGAUCUUGAAUUAUAAUUAGUUACUUUAAGUGUGGAAAGAGCAGAUAGAGAAUUAUUAGUAGAUGUAUCAAUAUUAUUUAAAAAAAGACUUUGAAUUAAGAAAUUAGAUAACUAAAAAAGGCAAAUUAUGAAAAAGAACAAGCUUUGAAGGAAUAGGAAAGUAUGAAAUUUGUAAAUGAUUAAUGAAUUACUUUAGGAUUCUCCAGAUAAUUUAAGUUAAUUAAGUUAAGAUGAAUAGAGUUAAAGAAGUUUUGAAAUAAAACCAGAAUAAGUUAUUUAUUUAAAAAGUAUUCAUAUUUAUUCUAAAUUAGAAUAAUUUCAUACUCCUUAAAAACAUAAUAAACCUGAAAUUUAAUCAAUAAUUGAUAGUAUACCCAAAUCAGAAUACACAAUAUUAUAUGAAGAAGAAAUGAAGAAAAUAAAAGUAAAAUUUGAUAGAACAAUAAGGAUAUAUCAAACAAACAUUUUGAAAUGAAGAUUUGGCAAGAUUAAGUAAUGGUACUAUUCAAAGAGAAAUAUAAAAAUGAAAAGAUUAUAAAUGGAAAAUUAAGAGAACUUCUUAGAAAUUCAUAUCCAGAAUAACAUAGAGGAAAAAUAUGGUCUUUUGUAAAUUGGUCAUUUAUAUUAGCUAAUUGGUAAUCAAUUAUAAAUAAAUAAAUAACUUUAUGAGAAACUUUAUUAAUCUAUUCCUAACCAUCCUUUAAUCACUCCUGAAUUAAAAAAUUUAAUUAAUAAGUAUUUUCAUUGUUAUUAAGUGAUCUUUAGAGAACAUUUACUAUUAUCAAUGAUUUUGAAAAUUCAGAUAAAUUGAAAGAUGAAUUAAGAGAAAUAUUAACUAUUUUUCAUGUAUUAAUUAUUUUUUAUAAUAAUAAGAUUUAUAGACCAGAUAUGGGAUAUAUAUAAGGAAUGACAUAUUUAGCAUUUAUGUUUUUAAUUAGAAUGCCAAAACAAAAAGCUUUGAAAUGUUUAGCAAAUAUUUUAUUUAAAAGUCAAUUAUUAAGAACAUUCUAUUAAUUUAAAAGUCAUUAUUUAGAAGCUUAUUUUUUAUUAUUUGAUUCAUUUUUAUAAGAAAAACUACCAAUAUUAGCUAAUAAAUUUAAUUAAAUUAACUUACCAAAAUAAUCAUUUUUAGUGGAAUGGUUUUAUACAGUAUUUUCAAGAGCAUUCAAUUUAAUAACAUCAAGCAAAGUUUGGGAUUAUUUUUUAUGUGAAGGAGAUUUAUUUUUAAUAAGAUUAACAUUGUCAAUAUUAUCUAACCUAGAACCAGAAUUAUUGAAAUGUGAAUAUGAAGUAAAUUUAAAUUAUAUAUUUAGGAUAUUUUAAUAUUAAUAAGAUAAAAAACAUAUUAAAUAAAAAUAGAUGAUUUAUUUAAACAUCUAAAUAAAUUCAAAAUUGAAGAAAAGAUCUUCCAAAUCAGAUUACAAAAAUAAUUAGAUGAUUUGUGA